UUUGUAAUUUAUAACCGCUUAAAAAAAAAUUCAAAAUACAACAUAUAAGAAAAAAAUCUAAUUUUUUUUUAUUAUAUGCUUAAUGUAAUUUUUAAUUUCUUUUAAUAAUAUAAAUUAAAAAGACAGAGAAGAUACAAAAAUUGUUAUCAAAUAUGUAUUAUUCAUAAUCAUUAAUUGUCAUAUAUAUGUUAAUCAUGUUAGAUGAUUCUGUAACUUUUAUCUAAGGAUAUAAUUGAUAAUAUUCUUUUGUGGAAUACUAUCUUAGUGAUGACAGGUGACUAUGAAAACAUGUUGUAAUGCUCUAGGAUUAAUAUAUAGUGAAUAAUACAUUAAUAUAUAUAUAUAUAUAUAUAUGUAAAGUCCACUUUUAAAAUUGUAUGCAAAUCCAAGAUAAUAAUAAGUAAAAUACAGAGAAAAAGAAAAUCUAACAAAAAAGAAUAUUCCAAUAUUUUAUGAUUUACAAAAUUAAUGGUAAUCAUACUGUUAUAGUAAAAUAUCUGACUGGAAUUAAAAUCAUGAGAUCAUAUGAGUUUACAAAGAACAUUAUUGUUUAUUCAAUAAAAAAAUCCAAAAUCUUUCACAAAAUCAAUUGCGUUUAAAGAUGAUUAUCAGCAGAAGAAGUUUGUGAAAUCAAAGAGAAGGAUCUGCUAAGUUAUGGACAUCAUCAGUGAGUUGCCUGAUGAUUUGCUCUUGCGUAUUAUGUCUUUGGUUCACACAAAAACUGCGUUUGAUGCUCAACUCUUGUCCAAAAGGUGGCGAAAUCUCUGGAAAAAGUUGCCAACUCUCUACCAUGAUUACACCUUUCACAAAUCUGAAUCUCAGUUUUUAGUAUUCAUUAAUAAGACACUGGAGUUACUCGAGUCUCCGGUGUUAGAGAGCUUGUACAUCAGAAUUGUUCCAACACAAACUAGUAAUGGAUUUUUCCUAAGAGGAUGUCUACUAGCCAAGCUACAAGUGCGCGAACUCAACUUCAUCAGUAUUAUUAAUCCCGUUGCUCUACAAAUAAAGAAGGAAAUCUACCAUCUUCAAACGCUUGUGAUCUUGAGAAUUGAAUGUUGUAGUCUUGAAGAUGGUUAUGGUAACCAGAUCAUCCCAUUACAAUCUCUCAAAGUCUUGCACCUUCGAUGCGUGAAGUAUUCGAGCGAUGCAUCUCUCUCUAAUCUCUUAUCUAGUUUACCGAGUCUCGAAGAUUUGUUUUUGGAUAGAUGUUCGAGUGAUAAUAAGCCCACGAAAACUCUAUCUAUCGCGGUACCUCGUUUGCUGAGAUUGACGGUUCUUAGAUGUCCUGAUAAUUGUGAAACUCAUCUCAUGAGGUUGAACGUUAAUGCACCUUCUUUGAAAUACUUGAACGUUGAAGAUCACUGGAGAAACGUUUCUUUUUCUGAGGAGAAGAUGGAAGAGCUCAUAGAAGCAGAUGUUAAUGUUGGUUAUAUCGAUACCGAGAAGCUUCUGAAAGCUUUUGUAUCCGUGAAACGUCUUUCAUUAUGUGUAGUCACUUCAAAGAUUCUGCGGGUUAAUGUAUUCUUUAAUCAACUCGUUCGUUUGGAGAUAUGCACAUGUCAACAAGAAUGGUGGAAUGUUCUUGAGAAGGUUUUGUUAAGUUCACCUAAACUAUGCAUUCUCAAGCUUCAUCAGAAACAUCUUUUUGGGACUAGAGAUCCCACGGUUAGAUGGAAAGAACCUAGUUCUGUUCCUGUAUGUUUUGCUUCUCAUCUUGAAACGUUCGAGUGGAGAGGUUACGAAGGAACAGAAGAUGAGAAAAAAUUAGCGAGUUACAUCCUAAGAAAUGCUGGGAGAUUGAAGACUGUAACGAUCUAUCCGUUGAUCUCAAAUCCGGAUAUCAGAAGGCGUAAGAUUCUCAAAAACCAUAUGAGCAACGAAUUAGUGAAACUUUCUGGAUGGUCAUGCACUUGUAAGCUUGUUUUCAGAUGAACAAAAAGGUGAGAAAUAAGUUUGUUUUUGAUUUGAAGUUCCUAUAAUUAUCUAUUUGCUUUCUAUGGUGGUUGUUUUAUAUGGAUUUGCUGUGUUUUUCUUUGAAUAAUUUCACCAAAAUCUUCUAGUUCUUACUAGAUUCUGACAAUUCAGUAUGUUUAACCUCUGAAGAGGCAUCAGUUCAAAAUAUCUUACGUAUCUUUUCUUAUAAAUUGUGGGGGGAAAUUUACAUAAUA